AUGUCGGACCACACAUACAACUUCAACAUCACCAUGACUUGCGGCGGCUGCUCCGGCGCAGUUGAGCGUNGUGUCAAGUCUUUCGAUGUCUCUCUCGACAGCCAAACCGCAUCCGUUAUCACCGAGCCCUCCCUCGACUACAACACUGUUCUGGAGAAGAUCAAGAAGACUGGCAAGAAGGUCAACUCGGGCGAGGCUGACGGCCAACCUCAAGCCGUCUAA